AUGAGGGGAAAUGAAUCGUAUGACCCUUUGAAAGAGGGAUGUUUGUCAAAAAUAAAUAAUGCUCUAGAAAAAUAUACAAUGAAUACAUUAAAUUAUAAUAAUAGUAAUAAUUUUACAUGUGAGGAAAAUAAUGAGACUUUUAGAGAAAAUACUUUGAAUAUGAAUGUUACGUCAGAUGAGGAUAAUGAAUUAGAAACAUAUAGUUCAAUAAUAUUAGAUAAGAUUAAUAAUUUUAAACCUCAGGACGAAAAAAUAAUAUACGAGGAAAGUAGAAGAGAAACAAAUAUAUACGCUAAUAUGUCGACUCUUUUAAAUUUCUUGAGGGAGCAAAAUAAAAUGAAUACACUACAUAUAAAAAACUUUAUUAUUGAAAAUUUAAAAAUUACAGAAGAAAUAAAACAUGAUAAAGACAUCAAUAAUUUGAUGAGGAGGAUAGAACACGAAGAAAUUAAAGAACUUAUAUGGACAAGUGGAAAAAGGUAUUAUAUGGAAAUUAAAAAAAUAUAUUUACUUAUGAAAAAAUUUAAUAAGGAAAGAUAUUUUAUUAAUUCUAAUAAGGAUGUUUUAAAAAAGUAUAGUUUUAAAAAAAAUAAAAACAUAAAGAAUUUAUUACAAGCAUCUAUCAAAAAAAAAAACAUACAAAUUCAAAAAAUACUUAAACAAUAUAUUAUAUUGAAAGGAUACUAUAAGAAAGUUUGUAAUAAGUAUAAACAAGAAAAUGAACUUUUAAAAAGUUUCUUUUCUUUUCCUAACAAUCAAAGUUAUUAUUUAAAUCUAAAAUAUUCUCCUCAAUAUUGUAGAAGCAAUCAUAUAUAUUUUUAUUCAUAUAAAAAAUGGUUGAGACGCAAAAGGUUGAGGAGGACUUCACAUUUUAAGCAGGAUAGAUAUGUUAUUCAAAAAGAAUAUUUUACAAAUUCCAUAUUUAGAAAAUACACCCAUCAUAAGAAAAGAUAUAAAGAAAUUAUAUGUGAUAUAUUGAACGAUAACAAACUAUUAAAUCUGAAAUUUAAAAAAUAUGAAGAAAAAUAUAAAAAGAAAAAAAAGAAAAGAAAGAAAAAAAAGAAAAGCUUGCAAAUAUCUACUAAAAGAAUGAAGGAUAAAAAAAAUUUGGACGUAUCUUAUAAAAGAAGAAAUAAAUAUAUAUACACACACUUGUUUUUACCUAUGCGAUUACAGAAAAAAAUAAAUAGUUCAAAUUAUAAAUAUUUAAAUAAGGAAAGCUACAAAAUGGAGGACAAAAAGGAAAGAAAGGAAAAGAAGUUUAUAAAACAUGGGGGGAUGCAUUGUGUAGAGAAGGAAGAAGAAAGUAUUAUAAAUAAGGAAGAUGGGAAAAUUAUAAAUAAGGAAGAGGAAAAUAAUAUGUAUAAGGAAGAUGAAAAAAUUAUAAAUAAGGAGGAGGAAAAUAAUAUGAAGAAGGAAGAUGAAAAUAUUAUGAAGAAGAAAGAGGAAAAUAUUAUGAAGAAGAAAGAAGAUCAUAUUAUUAAUAAAGAUGAAGAAAGUAUUACAAAUAAGGAGGAGGAAAAUAAUAUGAAGAAGGAAGAUGAAAAUAUUAUGAAGAAGAAAGAGGAAAAUAUUAUGAAGAAGGAAGAAGAUCAUAUUGUUAAUCAAGAUGAAGAAAGUAUUACAAAUAAGGAAGAGGAUAAUUAUAUGAAGAAGGAAGAAGAAAAUAUUAUUAAUAAGGAUGAAGAAAAUAUUGUUAAUAAGGAUGAAGAAAAUAUUAUGAAGAAGAAAGAAAAUCAUAUUAUUAAUAAGGAUGAAGAAAAUAUUAUGAAGAAGAAAGAAGAUCAUAUUGUUAAUCACGAUGAAGAAAGUAUUACAAAUAAGAAAGAGGAAAAUAUUAUAAAAAUAAAAAAUGCGGAAGUAAAAAAGAAAAAAAACACAUUAAAAAAAAAAAAAAAAAAAGAAAAAAAAAAUUCUUCAAAUGAUAAUAUGAAGGAAGUUACUAAGAAUGAUGAUGAUACUAAUAUGAUAAAAAUAGAAGAAAAAGAAAAAUAUGAUAAUAAAGAUGAAAAGGAAAAUGUGAGUAUAAAUAAUGUAGAUGAGUAUAAAAAAAUGAAGGAUGAAUGUGAUAAGAAGGAAAACACUAUUUCUGAUAUAGAAGAAGAAAAUAUUAUCUUGGAUCCUAAGGAGGAAAACAUUAUGCUAGAUACAAAAAAAGAGAAGUUAAUUUUGAAGGAAAAAAAAAAAAAAAAAAAUAUAAGUAGAAAAAUAAAAAAAAAUAAAAUAGAAGAUAAUAAGGAUAUUAAAGAAAAUGAAGAUUUUAAUAAAAUUUAUGAUGAGGAAAAUAUGGGGGAAAAAGAAAAGUGUAUGAUAUUUGAAGAAAAAAAGAAAGAACAUAAUAUAAUUGCAGAGAAAGACAGUGUGGAAAUGGAUGAAAUGGAUAAUAUAGAUGAGCAAUAA